CGUUCGCUUGCUUGCACGUAUACAUAAAAGUGUCAGAAUUCCUAUAUGAAGCCAUUCGCUUGCAUCGAUGAGCAUUAGUUAUUGGACGCUCGCAUUUCCAUAAAGCCGUACAGAAAUUCACUGUUUCUUCAGUUCUCGCAACAAGUAAAAAAACUAAAUCUAAUUCAAAAUGGGUCUUGACUUCUACUACGUCCCUGGAUCAGCUCCAUGUCGUGCUGUUCAAAUGACCGCUAAGGCUGUUGGCGUCGAUUUGAACUUGAAACUAACAAACUUGAUGGCUGGUGAACACUUGACGCCUGAAUACAUUAAGAUUAACCCACAACAUACCGUUCCCACAUUGGUCGACGAUGGAUUUGCUCUUUGGGAAUCACGCGCCAUUAUGGUCUACUUAGUCGAACAGUACGGUAAAACCGUAAGCCUUUAUCCAUCGGAUCCAAAGGCCCGCGCCGUUGUUAACCAACGAUUGUACUUCGACUUGGGUACAUUGUAUCAACGCUUGGCUGAUUUCUACUACCCACAAAUCUUUGCCAAAGCUCCAGCAAAUCCAGACAAUUUGAAGAAAUUGGAAGAUGCCGUUGGUUUUUUCAACACCUUCUUGGAAGGCCAAACCUAUGCGGCCGGUGACAAUUUGACCGUUGCUGAUAUUUCAUUAGUCGCUACCGUUUCAACAUUGGAUGUUGCCGGUUUCGAUCUCUCGAAAUAUCCAAACGUUGUUGCGUGGUACGAAAAAUGCAAGGCCACCACACCAGGCUAUGACAUCAACGAAGCUGGACUAGCCGAAUUCAAAAAAUUCUUCAACUAAGCAGUAUACUCAUCACACACACACACACACACGCACUUCGUGUGUAUGGAACGGUGUUCGUGCAUUUAGCACCUGUGAUGCGCGCAUCACGCACCGUAAUUUUUAAUAGCAUGCCGCACUUUUCCCUUCCAUUUAAUUGGUCAUUCCAAAAACUAUAUAGUUCUACUUUUUUGCACAUUAUUAUUCCAUCAUUCAUUCAAUGAAUUUUAAUAAAUAAAAACGCACUGCGAACACAUUUUUUCAAAAUGAAA